UCCGCCCUGCCGGAGAAGGUUAACCCCUGUGGCCCACCUCGGCCGAGCAGCAGCCUCUUCGAUACGCGGAAUCGCUGCAGGAGAGCGGCGAACCCGCCCUGGCUGGCCCGCUUUUGCAGCUCCGCCCCCACGUUAAAGGGCACGGCAGGGAGAAGCGACGUAGCCUUUACUCCGAAGGCUGCGGAAGGGCUGCGCCUGCUUGGCUAUAAACCAUGGCACAAGCUGAGAAGAAAGGUGGAUUGCUUCGGAAAUCUUCAGCUAAUAAGAAGCCCUUGAAAGAGAAGGUUGUGCUGAUGUAUGAUGAGAUCUUCAUGACAGAAGAUCCCAGUAAAUGCAACCCUCGGUUCUGGGAGGAACUUUUCCUCAUGAAGGUGAAUCUGGAGUAUCUAGAAGGGAAGCUGGAGUCUUUAGAUGGUGAAGAGUUAAUGAAGAUAAAAGAUAACAUUAACUCUUUGUUCCAACGCUGUAUCCGAGCCCUGGGAGAAGAGCAUCCAAUCAGAGUGGUCAAUGCAUUACAGACACUAUGUGCAUUGAUCCGUGGGGUUCAUCAGAAGAACAAAUCUACAUCUGGUUUUGACAUUAUCAAUAUGCUGAUGGGCUUUGACAAGGCUGAGAUGUGCAUGAAGAAUCUGAUGGAGAGCUUGGACUCACUUCUUUGUGCAGAAGGGUCUGAAAGCCUCAAGAGUUUGUGCCUGAAGCUACUGCUCUGUUUGGUGACUGUAACAGAUAACAUCAGUCAGAACACAAUUCUGGAGUAUGUGAUGAUUAACAGCAUCUUUGAAGCUAUUUUACAGAUCCUCUCCAAUCCGCCCAGUCGUAGGGAACAUGGUUAUGAAGCUGUCGUCCUGCUAGCCUUAUUAGUAAAUUACAGAAAGUAUGAGUCUGUGAAUCCUUACAUAGUGAAGCUGUCUAUCAUAGAUGAUGAGGCUACACUCAAUGGAAUGGGUCUUGUGGUUGCUCAGGCAUUAUCAGAGUAUAAUCGGCAGUACAAAGACAAGGAAGAAGAACACCAGAGUGGCUUUUUCUCCACCUUGACCAACAUGGUGGGCAGUAUGUUCAUAGCUGAUGCUGAUGAGAAAAUCUCAGUUCAAACCAAUGCUGCUAUCCUUUUGGCCCUCUAUGAAGCUGUUCACUUGAACCGAAACUUCAUCACUGUCUUGGCACAGAGUCAUCCUGAAAUUGGAUUGGUGACGAUGCCAGUAAGCCCAGUUCCGACAACUCCAGUCACACCACUUGGUACUACACCUCCUUCUUCUGAUGUUAUAAGUACUGUGGAGCUGCCUCUGGAUGCUGAUGUGCAGACUAGUAACCUGCUGAUAACUUUCUUGAAGUACAGCUCCAUUGUCAUGCAGGACACCAAAGAUGAACACCGGCUCCACAGUGGCAAGCUCUGUCUGAUUAUCCUGACCUGCAUAGCCGAGGACCAGUACGCUAAUGCUUUUUUGCAUGAUGACAACAUGAAUUUCCGAGUAAACCUCCAUAGAAUGCCUAUGAGACACAGAAAGAAAGCCGCUGAUAAGAACCUUCCCUGUCGGCCUCUGGUGUGUGCGGUGCUAGACCUGAUGGUGGAGUUCAUCAUAACACACAUGAUGAAAGAAUUUCCUAUGGAUCUUUAUGUGCGCUGUAUUCAGAUAGUGCACAAGCUGCUAUGCUACCAGAAGAAAUGUAGGGUGAGACUUCAUUAUACCUGGAGAGAGCUUUGGUCAGCUCUGAUUAAUCUAUUGAAGUUCCUGAUGUCCAACGAGACAGUUUUGCUGGCAAAACACAACAUCUUCACACUGGCUCUCAUGGUGGUAAACCUGUUUAAUAUGUUCAUCACUUACGGAGAUACCUUCCUUCCAACUCCUAGCAGCUAUGAUGAGCUAUAUUAUGAGAUCAUCAGGAUGCACCAGAGUUUUGAUAACCUAUAUUCCAUGGUCUUGAGGCUAUCAACCAAUACCGGUCAAUGGAAGGAGCCAGCCAGCAAGGUGACCCAUGCCUUGGUCAACAUACGAGCCAUAAUCAACCACUUCAAUCCAAAGAUAGAGUCGUAUGCUGCUGUGAAUCACAUCUCGCAGCUGUCAGAGGAGCAGUUGCAGGAUGGACUAGACCAAUACGAACGCUAUUCAGAGCAACACAAAGAAGCUGCUUUCUUCAAAGAACUGGUUCGAUCUAUCAGCAUCAAUGUGCGGCGAAAUCUGGCCUUCAACACUUUCAGCCAGGAGGCACUGCUGAAAGAAUUUUCAACCAUCUCCUGAAGCUGAAUUAUCUACCUACUUCCUGACCAGUCCUGGCGUUAGAGCGCCUCCUUCCCCAGCAUUGACUGUAGCUCCUGGUUGUGGAGUGGUCUAAUCCUAGUGCGUGUGUGUGUGUGUUUCAAGCAAGACCAACGGGAGAUUUGGACUUGACCCAUAAGACUGGGCACAGAAAACCAAUGCUGUGGACUGCCCUUGGAGGGGCAUGGGGGGAUGUAUACUUACUGCUCUUUCUCAUGUUCUCUGGUAUUCAGGGCUACAAGUCCCUCCCAGAUGAUUAGAGCAAAGAACUGUUAAAAAACAGAAAGCUUGUCCUUCUGGUUCUCUAGAAUCUUAUCAGAUUUUGUGCACAGGACUGAAUAAAGAAAGUGUUGUGUCAGGGAAACGAAGCCUUUGACAAUAAAGGGUAGGCUGGCUGACCUCCUGCAUACACUUGUGCUGUGAAGCCCAAACACCAACUGAGUCUGCAAUCCUUGUCGCUUCCUGUAAUGCUGCAUUAGCUUCCAAACUAGUAUUGGAAUUAACAGCUGAGAGUUCUCCCCUUUACUCUGGCCUAGUUAGUGUCUCCUGCUCUGAAUGGCACUUGCCAGAGCUACUCAUAGGGAGAGGUUUUGCACUUGGUAUCUGGAGUUUUUGAACUAAGAGACCACCUCUAUUAACUCAUCCCUAAUGUUCUUACUGCCUAGGGUAUAAGGAUAUGUAUAUGUAUUAGUGAUUUGGAGGAGAGGAAAUGAAAUUAUGUCCUAUGCUUUUACUACUCAUGUAAUUGCUGUGUGUAGAUUGGGGCAUUUCCCCCUGUUCCCAGAAAGUUGGUUGGUCUACUGAAUAGGCGUAUUUAAUUUCUCCUCAGUGAGUAAGUUGAUAAGAAGACCAAGAGCUCCCACCAACCUGUGUGAGUAGAGACAAACUUUUCUGGAGAAUGCUGACGCUAUAAUCUCAUUUUCUACCCUAUAGGAAAGAGGACUGUAUCUCCUGGGCUUGUUCCUGAUUCAGAAGAGUAGGCUGCCUGUUUCUAAGUAGUGAGGGUGUCCGUUCCUUUUCUUGGAUUGCCUGGGUCUCAAGGCCUGGGAAUUUCCUACUUAAAAAUUUAUUUGUCAGUGUCAUUUUGAUCACUCAUCUAUGUUGCCUAAACACAUUCUGUAUUGACUGAAGCUGAUUAGCUCACCCUUCCCUUCCAAAAUCUACUUUUUCUGUCCUCCUCUAAAGGUUUUCAUUGAGUGGGCAGAUGUAGGAGAAUCUUGUUUUGAGUCAGGGUGUUCAUUUGUCAGACUUGUAACUCUUGCCACAUUUAAGGGAAAGAGAGCUUGUGGAAGAAAAUCAGUGUUAUGCAUAUGUAAUAACUAGGGGCAUUCACUUCCAUAUCAAUGUCUGCCAAUAAUGUUUCUAACCACAGCAUCGGAAGUUUGCCAUUUUAGAAUUCUGGUUUUCCAGCUUAAAAGAAUAGUAAGGCAAUUAAUCCAUUAAGUGUAUGAGAGUUUACAUGUCUGUGCUCUGUUUGGAAAUCAAAAGCUGGCAGUUCAUUUGGAGUGCUCAGAAGGAAGAUGUCAGUCCAUAGAUGCUCAUUCUAAAUCCUGUAUUGGCAGGAUGAGUUCUGUUCUGGGAAGUGAAAGAAGGCAGUUCCUUUCCAUGUGUAUUUCCUUACCUCUUAUAGAACUGGUAAAACAGAUAUAACAGGAUUGGAUGAGCAAGACUUGGAUCUUUCUUGAUAAGUUUAGGAGAUGAAUAUGCAGACAGAUCAACUUUGUUUUAUACAUACUGUCACUGUAUAUAAUUACUCUUUCUGGACAGGUAUAAAAUUGUCCUCUCUAGGCAUUUCCCAAAUUCAUUAAUGACUCUCUGGCAUGACAAUAGUGAACUCUGAGGCCAGGCAUCCAAGAGAGAGGGCUUUUCUAGGAGAUGAGGCUUUAAAAGCCCAACUUCUGAACCAGUACCUGUAAAAUAUAUGUAAAGUUUAUUAAACAGGUGGGGUGGGAUGUGCUUCUUAUCACUCACUUUGUGCUGUGUAUUUGUGUUCUUUUGGGGAGGGUUAAUAAACUAUUAUUAGUAGUA